AUGUCAGAAUCUCCAACAGCAGACAACAUCACAAGGCAUCAGCACCCUUACACUGUGCUGUCCAUUAUAUUACUCUUAAUUCAGUGCGUUCUAAACAUCCGACAUCUCACUUACAAAUGUGCACUUACCACCUUCAUUGUUGUCCUACUUGUCACCGCGCACGUCUGCGGACUGCCUGCUCUGGCACCACAGAUUUCAGCAGAUUUCAAUUCGGUUCUUGUGCACGGAAACUUAAUGCUUCUUCUGCUGGCAUCGUUGACGCAUAGAAACGAGUGGCACCUCUACUAUUGCCUUGCAUUAUUUAUACGUUAUGGCGUGGCAGCAGAAAAGCACUUUCGAGAAUUUGAUUUCCUCGUCUACCUUUUUGUACUCACUCUCUCCUCGGGUAUCAUCAGCUUGGCUUUAUAUCGCCUUGCUUUUCUGAUCAGCGGUUAUGAAAAAUACAACAAUGCUCAAAUUAUGGGAUUUUCAGAGACAGCAACAACACUGGGUGUGCUCUACUGCCUCAACGCUCAUGGCAUAUUCAAGGAAUUCCACCUACCUUCGGGCCAUCAUGUGAAAGUCACUAACGGCGUCCAGCGAUGGCUCUCCUUCUUCCUCUCCGACAUUCAACGACUGCUCCAAUUCCCCAUGGGAUUCCUCAAUCCCAUCAUUGCUGGUCUGGCGUGCUGGCUCCUGUUCAAACCCUUGAGGUGGUCUCGACAUCGGUUAUUUAAUCAGGGAAAUGUAAAGAAUGCUAGAGGGGUUAGUGCUGAUGCUGUUGAGGGUGAUGAUGUUGAUGGUGUUGGCGGUGGUGAUGAUGCAGAUGGUGUCCCCAUGGUGGAUGAUGUGCAUGUGAUGCUCAUCGGUGAUUGGCUACGAGACACAAAGGCGGCAUUACAUCCACAGCUUCGAGGUUUCCGAUCUUAUUCCACACCAAUCUCCUUCAUCACCACCAGUCGUUUCAUGAACGCACUCACCGCCGCCACUGUUCGUCAGUUACCGGUCGGCGAUGCGCCGUAUGCCCCACUUGUAACUCGCCCCUACUUCGUGUACCGACGCCACGCGUCAACGUUCUCUGACAGACGCCAGCCAAGUCUCACUGUGCGCAUAUUUACAAGUUGUGCCAGAUCAGUACAAGCGGAUCUCCACACUGACGAUUUGAGUUUGUACAGCGCCGUGGUGGAGGAGUCAAUCUCUUGCAUCUUUGUUAGCCGUUUCGCAGAUCCAAACAACCUUCCUCCUACAACGCCUCCGGUUCAGCGUCUAAUCGGCUCAUGA